AUGUUGCUUCGAUCAUUUUAUUCAUCUUCUAAACAAAUAAUUCGACAAGCAUCAACAAAUCGAAAAUCUAUUGAUGAAUUUUUUUCUCAACAUCUUUCAUUUCCUUUUCUUCAAUAUAAAGAACAUUUACAUGUUGCUCGUGGUGAACGUCAAUUUAUUUAUGAUACAAAUGGAAAACGUUAUUUAGAUUUUUUUGCUGGUAUAGUUACUGUUGGUGUUGGUCAUUGUCAUCCACGAUUAAUUGAAGCAGCAACAAAUCAAAUGAAAAAAUAUUGGCAUGUAUCAACAUAUUAUUUACAAGAUCCUGUACGUGAUUAUGCUGAAAAACUACUAGAACAUUUUAAAGAUGAUAAACAUUUAUCGGUCUGUUUAUUUGUAAAUAGUGGUUCAGAAGCAAAUGAUUUAGCAUUACAUUUAGCUAAAGAAUAUACUAAACAGCAUGAAGUUAUUACACUCAGAAAUUCUUAUCAUGGUGUUAUUCAAUCGACUUUAUGUUUAACAAAUAUUACAGGAUUUAAACGAACAUAUUUAACUGGAAGUCGAGUUGCAAUGAAUCCUGAUCCAUAUCGUGGUAUAUGGGGUGGUCAAUAUUGUCGAGAUUCACCAAUUCAAACAACUCGUUCAUGUAAUUGUCAAAAAGAUCAUUGUCAAGCAUCAGAUCGAUAUGUUGAACAAUUAGAAGAAAUACUUAAUUAUGAAGUUUCGAAAAAGAAAGUAGCUGGAAUGUUUAUUGAAUCAAUUCAGGGAUAUGGUGGUUCAGUGCAAUUUCCAAAGAAUUAUGUUAAACGAGCAACAGAACUUGUACAACAAAAUGGUGGAUUAUAUAUUGCUGAUGAAGUUCAAAGUGGAUUUGGUCGUACUGGAACUCAUUUUUGGGGUUAUCAAGCACAUGAAGCUAAACCUGAUAUUGUUGUUAUGGCUAAAGCAAUAGCUAAUGGAUUUCCUUUUGCUGCUAUUGUAACUCGACCUGAAAUAGCUAAAACUGUUGGAAAUUAUUUUAAUACAUAUGGUGGAAAUCCUAUUGGUUGUGCUGUUGCAUCAGCUGUACUUGAUGUUAUUAAAGAUGAAAAAUUACAAGAAAAUUCUCUUCGAGUUGGAACACAUUUAUUAAAAAGUUUAGCAAAAUUACGUGAUCAAUUACCUAAUGUUAUUGGUGAUGUUCGUGGAAAAGGUUUACUUAUUGGAAUGGAAAUGGUUACAGAUAAAGAAUCACGUAAACCAUUUCCAGUAGAAAAAAUGAAUGCAAUUUUAAAUCGUUGUCGAGAUAAUGGAUUAUUAUUAGGUAAAGGUGGAAAUUUUGGAAAUGUUUUUCGUAUAAAACCACCAAUGUGUAUUACAAUUGAAGAUGCAGAUUUUGCUAUUAAUGUUUUAGAAGAUGCUAUUCGAAAAGAACUUUAA